AUCUCUUUCUAACAUACCCACCCCCCCUCUCUGCCUCUGUAUCUCACUAGUCACUACCCAUUGUGUGUUGUGUGUAUGAGAGCCUUUGCAAGCUGUAAUUUGAGUUCUCUCCUUCAUUCUUUUGUACUGUGACCCCCACCCCCACUUUGCCCACCCACCAUCUAUUAAGCUGCUCUUUGUAUUCAAGAAUUAGAGAGAGAGAAGAGAGAGAGAGAGAGAGAGAGAGAGAGUUUUGGAUAUGGAGUUGGAAUAGUGUGGUUUGGGUAGUGUUUUUUUCUGGUUUAUCUUUCUGGGUGUGGCGCAUUGUGUUGAUUUUUGAGGUGAAAAGUGAGGGUUAAGCAAGAAAGUUUCAAUCUUGGAAGGAUUUAGGUGGAGAUAGUGUGGAAUGGCUCCUUCUUUUGGUUGGUGGGCUAAGGAGAGCCAUAGAGGCACCCCUGUGGUGGUGAAAAUGGAGAAUCCGAACAACUGGUCAAUGGUGGAGCUGGAAGGGCCGGCGGAGGAAGAUUUUCUCUACCCCGCCGCCGCCGCCGCAGGCGGCGGCGGCGGCGGCGAUAUCUCAAUGCCCACCAACUACCGCCGCGAGAAAGUAAGAAACAAGAACGCCAAGCAGCUAACUUGGGUGCUCCUUCUCAAGGCGCAUAAGGCCGCCGGCUGUUUGACCUCCAUUGGGUCCGCAUUGCUCAGCCUCGGCUCCGCCGUGCGCCGCCGCGUGGCUGCCGGGAGAACCGACACCAACGCCUCGGAGAACCCGGCCGUGAACUCCCGGUUCUUUACCUGUAUAAAGGUUUUCCUUUGGCUCUCUGUGCUCAUGCUAGGGUUUGAGGUUGCUGCUUAUUACAAAGGCUGGCACUUUACUGCCUCAGAUCUUCAAUUAGAGUACCUUUAUGCUUUGACUGAUCCUUUAGCUGUGAAGGGUGUGUUUGAUUGGCUAUAUUCUAAGUGGGUUUUGGUUAGAGUGGACUAUCUUGCUCCCCCUCUCCAAUUCUUGGCCAAUGUCUGCAUUAUCCUCUUCAUAAUCCAGAGUUUAGACAAGCUAAUCCUAUGCUUAGGUUGUUUCUGGAUCCGGUUAAGGAGGAUCAAACCAGUUGCCAGUGAAACAAUAGAUCUGGAAUCUGGUGAGGAAGGUGGUGGUUACUUCCCCAUGGUUCUUGUUCAGAUCCCCAUGUGCAAUGAAAGAGAGGUUUAUCAGCAAUCUAUAGCUGCUGUUUGUAGCUUAGACUGGCCGAAAUCGAAGAUUUUGAUUCAAAUUCUUGAUGAUUCUGAUGAUCCCAUUACUCGGUCUUUAAUCAAAGAGGAGGUGCAGAAAUGGCAGAAGGAAGGUGUCAACAUUUUGUACAGGCAUAGGGUGAUUAGGGAUGGGUAUAAAGCUGGGAAUCUUAAGUCUGCCAUGAAUUGCAGCUACGUUAAAGACUAUGAAUUUGUUGCCAUAUUUGAUGCCGAUUUUCAGCCUAUGCCUGAUUUCCUUAAAAGAACAGUUCCCUAUUUCAAGGAUAAUGAGAAACUAGGGUUGGUUCAGGCGAGAUGGUCCUUUGUGAACCAGGAUGAGAAUCUGCUAACGAGAUUGCAGCUUAUUAACUUGGCGUUUCAUUUUGAAGUGGAGCAGCAAGUAAACGGGAUUUUUCUAAACUUCUUUGGGUUUAACGGGACUGCUGGGGUUUGGAGAAUAAAAGCGUUGGAGGAGUCUGGUGGAUGGUUGGAAAGGACAACCGUUGAGGAUAUGGAUAUCGCUGUCCGGGCACACCUCCAUGGAUGGAAGUUCGUAUUUCUUAAUGACGUUGAGUGCGAAUGUGAGUUGCCCGAAUCUUACGAAGCGUACAGGAAGCAACAACAUCGAUGGCAUUCUGGACCGAUGCAAUUGUUCCGACUCUGUUUGCCCGACAUUAUUAAAGCAAAGAUCAGCGUUUGGAAGAAAUUCAAUUUAAUUUUUCUCUUCUUCCUUCUGAGGAAAUUGAUUCUACCGUUUUAUUCUUUCACUCUCUUCUGUAUUAUUCUUCCCAUGACAAUGUUUGUUCCCGAGGCUUCACUACCGUCGUGGAUUGUCUGUUAUAUACCUGCCACCGUGUCGCUUCUCAACAUACUUCCUGCCCCGAAAUCGUUCCCCUUCAUCAUACCCUAUCUUUUAUUCGAAAACACAAUGUCAGUAACCAAGUUCAACGCCAUGAUAUCGGGACUCUUCCAACUCGGAAGUGCAUACGAGUGGGUUGUAACUAAAAAACUCGGGCGCUCCUCUGAGGGCGAUCUUGCCUCCUUGGUUGACGAAAAGCCUAAACAGCUACGAGGUGCAUCGGUGCCAGAUUUGGAUGAAUUGCGGGAGGAAAUUAAACAGAAGGAAAAGAAAGAUGCUCCGAAGAAGAAGCAUAACCGUAUAUACACAAAAGAACUCGCCCUCGCCUUCCUUCUUUUGACAGCUUCAGUGAGGAGCCUCCUUUCGGCUCAGGGCAUCCACUUCUACUUCUUGCUAUUUCAAGGAAUAUCGUUCCUUCUCGUCGGGCUGGACUUGAUAGGCGAGCAGGUCAACUAAACAACGGAGAUGGGUAGGUAGGUAGGGUUCAUAGAGAGAUGGUUUGCGUGAAUAAUAGACAAGCCGGGGACUAUCUGCUGAAACCGAAGAGGUACAUACAGAAGAGCUUCGGGGAAGUGGAGAAUGGAUACCUCUCCUCCACCGCCUUGAAGUCUAAACCGCGUUUCAGCUCAAAAGAGAACAUUGCAACCGAUGAUGGUAGAGAUUACUGAAUGGUAUUGUUCGUUACUAUAUUCCAUGCCCCGUUUUCCAUCCUGUAAGUUAUCUCUUUUGGAUUCUUUCGUUUUUUUCCUUGGUACAUUCUUUUGUAAGAAGAAUUUGUCAGUUGAAACAUCAAACAACAUUAGAUAUUGUCACAGUUGAUAUAAAGGAGCAGAAAAAAUCUUUCCCAUAAAA